AUGAUGGUUAAUCCAAAAAUAUCAUCAUCAAAUCAAUCACAACAACAACAACAACAAUCAAAAUGGCCACCAAAAAGAUUACAAAAACAACAUUCAUAUCAUGUAACAACAUCAUCGACAACAAACGAUCCAAGCUCAACAAUCAUACAACGUUUAUUGGAUAAGAUUGAAAAUCUUGAAUCUGAUUUAAAUCGUAUCAAACAAGAACGUGAUCAACUUUAUUCUGAAAAUGAACGUCUUUGUUUUCAUUUACAAAUGAUUAAUGAAGCUGAUAAACAUCAACAAAGGUCAAUUAAUGCAAGAAAACAACAGCAACAACAACAAUUACAAAAACAACAUUCAAUAUCUGGUUAUAUUUUUAAUGAUAAUGUUAAUAAUGGUGAUGAUGAUUAUCAAUCAACACCAACCAAUGGUAUAUUACAUAAACGUCGUCCAUUAAUGGUAACAAAAACAUUGGCAACAACAACAACAACAACAAAAGCAGCUAAUCUUUUUGAUAAUGAUGAUGGUGAUGGUGGUCAAUUGGAAUCAUCAUCUAUGGUUGUUGAUAAUGGUGGAGAAUGUCAAUGUAUAAAUUCAUAUGGACAAAUUCCAUAUAGUCGUGUGCCAGUCAUUUCAUGUGGUGAUCAAUCUGUUUGUAAUUUAACAAAUCAGAUAUCAAAUACUCAACUAGUCAUUAAUCCAAAUAAUAAUAAUCCUAAUCAUCAUAAUGAUAAUCCAAAUCAAAUGAUGAUGAUUCGUGCUGCAACAACAAAAACAAAUUUUGCUUGUUCAUCAUCAUCAUCAUCAUUGUCGAAUGUUCGACGAAAUUCUUCCAAAAUUAUAGCCAUCAAUGAUAAUAAUAAUGAUAAUUUAAAUUGUUGUCAUCAAUUAAUAAACAACAACAAGGAUAAUUUAAUUAGCAAACAACAAAAUUAUUUUCCUAAUGAUGAUGAUCAAACAAUAUUGACAAUAGCAAAACCAAUAUUGAUUUCAAAUGAUACAAUGGAUUCAAAUAAUCAACAACAACAACAGCAGCAGCAACAAUUUUUUUAUCAACAAAAAUCAAAUUUAUCAUCACCAACGAUUAUAGGAAUGGUCAACGUAACAACACCAACAACAACAACAACAACAACAAAUUUAAUACGUACACAACGUAUAGCCGGUGGUAGUCAAACAUCAUUAUCAUCAAAUCAUUCACAAAUAAAUAUUGGUAGCGGUUGUAGUCAAAAUAUUAAUGAUAAUAAUAAUAAAUUAUCAACAACAUCAACAUCAUCAUCACAAUAUGAAUUAUCACAACAAUUAUUAGAUAAAAAAGUAUCAGCAUUAGAAAGAAAAUAUGGUGGUUUAUGUGCACGUGAAGCUGCAAUCAAAAUACAACGUUCAUAUCGUUCAUAUCGUUUACAGAAACGUUUUACAUUAUUAGCAAUACAGGCUAUACAUUUACAACAACAACAACAACAAUUAAAACAACAAAAACAACAAGAAAAUAAUAAUGUUAUCAUCAAUAAUAAUAAUAAUAAUAAUAAUGGACACCAGCAUCAUUCUCAUCAUAAUAUUCAACAACAGCAGCCACAGCAAAAGUUUUUAAAUCAAAAACUAUCUCAAAAUCAAUUACAACAACAACAACAGCCGAACAAUAUUAUUACCGAUAAAAUACGAAAUAAUGCUGGUGGUGGUAGCAUUAUAACAACAACAAAACAAUUAUCGAUUGAUUUAAAUCGUGGUCAACAACAACAAUUAUCAACAUUUUUACCGACACAACUACCACCAUCAUCAUUAUCAUCAACAACUGUACAACAUCAACAACAACAACAAAAUUAUCAUAAUAAAUCACAUGUUGGUGGUGUAGGCAACAAUGUUUUAUUCUCAAAUCAAAUACAUUAUAUGAAUAAUAAUAAUGAUAAUAAUUCAUCAUCAUUAUCAACAUCAGAAUCUUUAUUAAAUGUUGUUGGUGGUCAUCAUAAUAAUCAUCAUUAUCAUCAGAAUAAUCAUCAACAUCCGAAUAAUGUUUUGAUAAUGAACAAUAAUGUUACAAAUAAUCCAACAACAACGGCAACGACAACAACAAAUAUUGGUACCAAUGCUGAUAUUUAUCGUAAACGAUUAUAUCGUGUUGGUUUAAAUUUAUUCAAUAAAACACCAUCUGAUCGUGGUAUUAGUUUUUUAAUUGCUAAUAAUUUUAUUGAACAAUUUUCGAAUAAUGUUGAAGAACAAGCACGUUCUGUUGCUAUUUUUUUACUUACCCGAAAAGGUGUUUCAAAACAAAUGAUUGGUGAAUAUUUAGCCGAUAAUAAUCAAUUUAAUAAAUUAGUAUUGAAAGCAUUUAUUGCUGAAAUUAAUUUAAACGGUCUGAUUGUUGAUGAAGCAUUACGUUCAUUUCAGAUGAAUUUUCGUUUUCCAGGUGAAGCACAAAAAAUUGAACGUCUAGUUGAAUCAUUUGCCGAUCGUUAUAAAGAAUGUAAUCCGAAUGAUGUUUUAUCAAGAGAUUCAAUAUUUAUAUUAGCAUUUGCUAUUAUAAUGUUAAAUACUGAUCUACAUAAACCAACAAAUAUUAAACAUCGUAUGACACAAGAACAAUGGCUUUCAAAUUUAAAAGGUGUUUUCAGUGAAGGUGAUCUUUCAUCACAAUUUUUAUUAGGUAUUUAUAAACGUAUUAAAAAACAAGAAUUACAAACUGGACCUGAUCAUGUUACACAGGUUCUUAAAGUACAAUCAACUAUUGUUGGUAAAGAUGUGCCAAAUUUAUGUUUACCACAUCGACGUUUAGUUUGUUAUUGUCGUUUAUAUGAAAUUCGUGAUGUAAAUCGUAAAGAAAAAGUUGGCCAACAUCAACGUGAUGUAUUUUUAUUCAAUGAUUUAUUAUUAAUUACAAAAACAACAAAUCGUUCACGUAAUAAUCAAUUAGCUGAAUAUCAAUAUCGUUCAUCAACAUCAUUAGAUGGUUUACAAGUAAACAUAUUUGGUAAAGGUUUUUAUGCACAUGGUAUUCGGAUUAGUCGUCGUGUUGAUCAAAAAUGUUUAGCAUUAUUUAAUGCAAGAAAUGAAUUAGAUCAAAGACGUUUUGUUGAAGAUUUACGUGAAUCUAUUGCCGAAAUGGAUGAAAUGGAACAGAUUCGUAUAACUAAAUCUAGUUCAUUAGUACAAUUAAAUGAUUUUAUGUUAACAUCAUCAAAUAAUAACACUGUGGUACCUGUAUCGCCAUCUAUUAAUGGUAAUGGUAAUGAUGGUCAAUAUAAUAAUUGUAAUCGUAAACAAUCAAUAUCAAUAUCAUCAUCAUCAAAUUUACAUUCAAGUAAUGAUAAUCUUGGUAAUCUAACGACAACAAGCGGUACUAGUAUUUGUGGUACAAUAACUGAUAAUGAUAAUAAUGAUUAUCAUCAUGAAUCAUCGAUUGGAUCAAAUGGCCAUAGUCUAAUUCAACAACAACAACAACAACAUUAUUAUCAUCAUUCAUAAUAUGAAUUUUUUUCUUUCUUCUUCAUCCAUCAGUCAAUUCAUCAAAUUUUGAUCUCAUCAUCAUCAUGGAUAGAAUAUUUGUCUUUUUUUCCUUGGAAAAUCCGAAAAAAAUUGUCCCUUUUGGAUUCGGACAUGGCUUCCAUCAAUCAUCGGAUA